GCCGGCCCGGCGGCGCGCGGGCAGCGGCGGCCCAAGAUGGCGGAACUGCAGCUGGACCCGGCCAUGGCGGGGCUGGGAGGGGGUGGCGGGAGUGUGGUGGGCGAUGGGGGCAGUUCGGGCCGCGGACCCCCCAGUCCUCGUCCUGCCUGCCCCACACCCCGCGGACACGGCCGCCAGCCGGUCGCCGUCGCGCAGCCCCCGGAGCCCGGGCCCGGACCUCCAGAGCGGACGGGGGGCGGCGGGGCGGCCCGCUGGGUCCGGCUCAACGUGGGCGGUACCUACUUCGUGACCACCAGACAGACCCUAGGCCGGGAGCCCAAGUCCUUCCUCUGCCGCCUGUGCUGCCAGGAGGACCCGGAGCUGGACUCGGACAAGGACGAGACUGGAGCUUAUCUGAUUGACAGAGACCCUACCUACUUUGGUCCUAUCCUAAACUACCUCCGCCAUGGGAAACUCAUCCUUACCAAGGAGCUGGCAGAGGAAGGUGUGCUGGAAGAGGCGGAGUUUUACAACAUCGCAUCUCUCGUGCGGCUGGUUAAGGAGAGGAUACGAGACAAUGAGAACAGAACUUCACAAGGCCCCGUGAAGCACGUGUACAGGGUUCUGCAGUGUCAAGAGGAAGAGCUCACGCAGAUGGUCUCCACCAUGUCUGACGGCUGGAAAUUCGAACAGUUAAUCAGCAUCGGCUCCUCCUAUAACUAUGGAAAUGAAGACCAGGCUGAAUUCCUCUGCGUUGUCUCCAGAGAACUAAAUAAUUCUACCAAUGGCAUCGUCAUAGAGCCAAGCGAAAAGGCCAAGAUUCUUCAGGAGAGAGGCUCUCGAAUGUAAACAGAGAAUCUGAAGUUUUGGAGCCCUGAAGGCAAAAGAGCAGUCGGCCAAGCAGCUGUGGAGGGAGACCCUGCACCUGUACAGUAACCGAGCUACUGCAAAGCAAAGCUGCGCCUGGUCCCGAGAAGUGGUGUCCAGCCAACCAGAGGAGCCCACCUGCCUGGACGAAGACAGUGCGCCUCUGGCCGCACGGCCCCUUUUCAGAAACCUGCUUUUGUUUUCUAGCCAGUGUUAGAACAGACCUUCACAACAGCAUCUGGGAUGGGUCCCUGGCUGGAGCCUUGUGGGGAGCUGAGGGAAAAGGAGGAAGGUCUAGCUCCCUGCAACAGUCUAGAUGCUAAAAGCCGGAGCCGAGGAAGAAGGCUUGUCCUGAGCUGUGCCCUGGUCUCAGCCUGCGUGUGCCAUGAUGGACGUAGCAGCUGUUGGGACCAUUCUUCCCUGACCUAGGCAUUCUUUGACAUUGGCAGGGGAGUCCAUGAUAGUGUGUUGGACCGAAGUUUUGGGUACAGAAUAAAGUCACCAAAGGACCCACAAUCCUAUGAUCAGAGCCUCGGAGGCUGGAGGAUAAGGUGUCCUGUACUGUGGUUGGAGCGUGGUAGUUGCUGUCCCUGCUCCCACGAGUGGCAUCACCCCGUGUCUCAGCCGGGCCCCUCAUAGCCCAUCCUCACCCAGGAGAUUCGAGGCUGCGGCAUCCUAAGCCGUGCUAGAUGGACACAGCGGCACUAAACAGUUGGUGUAGCUGCUCCUGCAGCCUUUUCUUACCUGGUUGACCCCGUCUUCCUCCCCCAGCUUGUUGAACUGGACCAAAGAGAAAGGACCUGUGGACCCUCUGUGAUGGCUUGGGGUGAGGAAGGCUGUUUCUGUGGACGCUGCCAAACAUGUCAUGUUGUCAUAGCUAAAGUGGUGGUAUUUUUUGUGAUUGUCUCUUGAACAUGCACUGACUGACAGGUGA